AUGGGCAGCAACCCCCCUAUCCAAGCAAUUCCCUUCCAGCAAGCACAGCCCAGCAAACACAUUGCAAGGUUCCUCGAGUCUAUCCGCCCGUACAAGCAAGAGCACUGCGACAGCGGCGUUGGCUACUUUCACCGGUCCCGCCUCGGCGGUGACGUCCUUCGGGAGGAAGACUGGAACCCAAAUGCCCCGAUCCUCCCAGCCGCCCUCUUCCUCGAUGACGAGUGGGCCACCGCAGCUCGGCGAGAGCUCGAACAACGGCUCCGCAAUCGCAAGAGCACGAGCACCAUCAAGACGAGCAUAGCGCCGUACCCCAAGGGCGACGACAGGCGGCGUUCUGGGUCCCAUGGUCCGCGUUCCCCGUUUGGCCACCAGGAACUAGCCCCUCUCGAUCACUCCACAGGAGACUCGCCCACUUCUGUUUCCAUCCCGACCAUCCCAACCGAGAUUCAAGCCGACGCACAGCUGCUUGCGAAGAGCCGUCGUCAACAGAGCAGCAGGCUCCUGGAGCCCGUCGAGCCACCCCCCGCCGCGGAUGGUUUCGAGCGUUUCAAGUCGGACGCCAUGCAUGCAGGAGCCGGAGACUUGAGAUUUCACCGUGGCGGCAUCUUUGCACGCGGGGUGGCUUCCAAGCCGGUAAAGGUGGUUGCACCUCCUCAGGACACUCGUGGCGUCCAAAUCGUCUCACCAUUCCUGGAAACGCCUCCACAUUCAGCCGGCACUUCCGCCCCGAACGACUGGUUGAACCCGACCUCUCCGCCCAACGACGCCCUCGCACAGCAGUCGCAACGCCAACCUUCGCGCCUGUCACAGAUCGUGACAUCGAACCAAGCGCUCGCGCCGCUCAACUCUGCGUGGGCGGGGUCUCAAGACACCUCGCGCCCGUUUGGCAGUACCAUUCCUGCAGUGGCCGCGCUCGCUACCGCCCCUCCUCACGACCGAGUCCCUAGUGCCACCCCCACUGCCAAUUGGUCAGUCUGGCCGAACCAACCGGAAUCUUCACGAUCACCUGUGCUGCCUCAAGGGCUUGGCGCAUUCUCAAAGCUCGCCCACCUCCAACAGCAGCAGCAGCAGCAACAACAGCGUAAUACUCCGGAGGACUGGGCCCCGGCGGCCCAGCCCCUCCAAGAGUGGUUAUCGUACAUGUACGGCGCUGCACUUCCUCCCACGCCACCGAGGCGAGACAGCUACCAUUAUGCCGAGGGCGUCGGCGAUGCGGUUCGGUCGACGUCUGCCGAUCCCUCGCUACUUGGACCCACCCAAGCUGCGGCCGCGGGCAACUUUGACUGGCAGCGGCCAUUGUCAGCGCCGCCGCGUGAAAGCAAUCUGCUUAGCCCACCGCCCGCCGCACCAGCGCAACCGACGCAUUCGUGGGCGUAUCCUAGCGCCGCGGAUACGUCUCGCGCCACAGACCAUGUUACCGUCCUCCUCGCGGAUGACCCAGUGGGCCUGAAUCAGCCCGCCCAUCGCUCUCCGCCUACGCCUUCGUUCCCUUCCCUGGCGCCCGAUACCCACGCGCAUGGCAAGCAGUUUGACUUGUCACCGGGCACGGCAUUGUUCAGCCCGACCCUCGGUGCCAAUUGGUUCGACGGUCCGGCAAACGCAGGCUACCACGCUUCGCAACCACUCCACACGCCACCAGUCGCUCCGGCCCCAUACACCUAUGGCUACGAACCGGCGCACCACGCCACCACCACUACCAACGCACGCCAGGACAAACCUCUGGCGGCGUACAGAUUCCCCGAUUCACUCAGCCCGUACCAGCAGCCAUCACCCCUUCCUUCGCACUUUACCACGCACGGCUCCUACGCCCUCAACAAUUCGAUGCCCCAACCAUCGACGCCAUUCUACACUUGA